AGCUUUGUACAAAAAUAAACAAUAAAAAAGGCGCGCAACUAUGUCGGACCAAGAAGAUAUAGAAAUAAAGCAGGAAGACCAGACUAUUGAAGAUAUAGACGAAAAGGACGAAAAGCCCGAUGAUGAGGACCUUAAGGACACUGGCAAAAUCAGCUCUUUGAAGACCCUGGGACCCUUUAUAGCCGGCAAGGAGAACAGCAGGAACACGGUUUACCUCAGUGAUGUUCCGGAUGUUUGCAAGGAUAAACCCUGCAUGCUGGGCGUGGACGAAGCGGGGCGCGGUCCCGUCCUGGGGCCCAUGGUAUAUGGAAUCUCCUACUGCCCGCUGGAAAGUAAAAAGGCUCUCGAGGACUUGGGAUGUGCGGAUUCCAAACAACUGACCGAGGAGAAGCGGGAUGUCAUUUUCAACGAUAUCAACACCAAGGAAUACGCCACCAGCUGCGUUGGCUGGGCCGUAGAGAUCAUAUCGCCGAACACGAUCAGCACGAGCAUGUACCGGCGGUCCAAGUGCUCCCUGAACGAGGUUUCCAUGGACUCGGCCAUGGGCUUGAUCCAACAGGCAAUCGAUGCGGGCGUCAAUAUAGCCGAGGUCUAUGUGGACACGGUGGGUCCGCCGGAGAAGUAUCAGGAGAAGCUACUCAAGCGCUUUCCCACCUUCAAGAUCACCGUGGCCAAGAAGGCCGAUUCUACAUAUCCCAUUGUCUCAGCGGCCAGUAUUUGCGCCAAGGUUACCCGUGACCACGCCUUGAAGGUCUGGAAGUUUCCCGAAGGCUUGGUCAUCAAGGACAAUGCCUUUGGCAGUGGCUAUCCGGGAGAUCCGGUUACCAAGCGAUUCCUGACCGAGCACAUAGAUCUGGUGUUCGGGUUUCCCCGCCUCGUGCGCUUCAGUUGGUCCACGGCGGAAAAUGCCCUGGCGGACAAGGCCUACGACAUGGAGUUCGACGAACCGGAUUCCGAAAAGCCGAAGUACGCAGGCACCAAGCUCACGAAGUUCUUCAAGGGCACCACCAAAUCCGGCGAGGUUAUUCGCGAGGAGUGCCGAUUCUUUAAGCAACGACAUCUAGGAAAUGUCAUGGAGUUCUAGGAAGAAAUGCAGAACCAUAUCUUAUAGGCUACACAUUUUGUAAUUGUACUGUAAUUCAUUUAAUAUUGCUGAAAAUGAUUUACAUAUCUUAAUUUUCUGCUAUAUUUAUAA